AUGGUGUUCUGCGAGGGCUGCAGGGAAUGGCUACACUUCGGCUGCGCCGACGUAGGAGCAGAGGUCAAACACGACGACGAUUGGCGAUGCUUUUCGUGCCAGGAUAAGGAUCCGGAAGAUGAUCCGGCAUGUGAUGCGAUUUCCGUUGACGACACCAUUGAUGGAGCUGCGAAGGAAAACACUGGUAAGUCUCAAACCAUCUCCGACGGCGAAGAGGUUGCUAUGGCAAUAGAGAAGAUGAAGAAGGAUAAAGAGCGUCUGAAGAGAAGGAUGGAGCAGAGGCUAACGUUGGCUAAGGCCCAAAUGUAGCUCGAAAACGAGAAGAUGGAGAUGGAAUGGGCGCUAGAGAAGCAGAUUAUGGAAAUGAAGAUCGCUUCCAAACAGGCUUUCCAGAAGAAGAAGGAUUUGGAGAAGAAAAGGCUGAAGGAUCAGCUGAAGAAACUCGGUGAUGGAGAAACGCAAACGGAAAAGGAGAUUCAGGAAUUGGAGCGGCGGAAAGAGGAAGCAAAAGGAAAGGGAACGAGGAUAUAG